UCAACCAUCGGGAGAGCGACAAAAGAGAAACAGGGGUGGAGAGGGGAGGAGAGAGAGAGAGAAACGUCCUUGUGUCGUCCACACGAUCCUUCUCCUCUUCGCCACGCUCCAAGAAUCGAUUUUUUGCCUAUUUUUCUCGUUUUCAGAGAAUGGAGUUUUUCUUCGGUGGCUUUCUCGGCGAAUCAUCCGGGUUGGAGAAAUCGUUUACUCAUCCGGAUAUUCAGAAGUGCCCGUUCCUUCGAAACAUCAAUGAAACUACUAACUUUUCCUUCUCCUCGGCUUUUCCUGUCGCUGCUCGUGGAGUGAAGGGCCCAAUCUUUGAAGAUGGUCCGAGUUUCGACACGGCAUUCAGGCUUUUCCACGGGCGAGAUGGAGUCGUCCCACUUUCGGGAAAAUCAUAUAUUCGUAAUGAGAAUGUGGAACCUGAGCACGUACCCCAAUUUAACCCGUUGGCGGCGAAAGCAGCCACCAUUAGCCUUUCGGCUUUUGGAGGGCCUUUCGGAUUUAAUUUCUUCUCGGACAAGUGGAAGAAGCUGAACAAGAAAUCAUCCAAACAAGAUCAGCGUUCGCAAAAAGGAGGAGGCGACUCAUCGCACGAGGCACUCAGCAACGAAUGGCUUGAAACGGGACAAUGCCCGAUCGCAAAGUCCUACAGAGCAGUAAGCGGUGUCCUGCCCCUUGUCGCAAAAGCCCUACAACCCCCGCCCGGAAUGAAACUCAAGUGUCCACCAGCUGUCGUCGCCGCGCGUGCCGCCCUUGCCCGUACCGCCUUCGUAAAGAACCUCCGUCCCCAGCCCUUACCCGCAAAAGUGCUCGCUAUAGGCCUCCUAGGAAUGGCGGCCAACAUCCCCCUCGGCGUGUGGAGGGAGCACACCGAAAAAUUCUCUCCGCAGUGGUUUGCUGCUGUGCAUGCUGCCGUUCCCUUCAUCGCUAUGCUACGGAAGUCCGUUUUAAUGCCGAAGACCGCGAUGGCCUUCACUAUCGCUGCAUCGAUAUUAGGGCAGACGAUCGGGUCGCGGGCCGAGCGGCUGAGGCUGAAGGCCAGAGCUGCCGCGAGAACCUCCAUCUGUGUUCCAGAAGCUUCCUAUAUAACGAAGGGCAGCGGCCACUGUGGCGAUGGAGAGGUGAAAGUGUGGGAUCCACUUACCAUGAAGGCGGCGAACUCCGGUUAUUCUGCUUCUGCUUCUGCUGCAGCUCCAACUGCUGCUGCUGCAAAUGUGUGUUUCUGAUGAUGUUUUAAGUGUUAUUCAUGCUGUGGAAGACACCUACAUGUUUUGUUAUCUCAGUUUAUUAAGAGUAAUUCCCCUUGAAUCAUUAGCUUGUAAUGUUGAACCAGAGGAGGUGAAAAAGUUGAAUAAAGGGUAGUAAAAAACACUUACAAAAUGCUACCUUUUUCCUCUUAGUAUGUGAUGAAUUUCCAUGAUUGGUGAUUGUUAUAUGUAUACACUCAAAGAGACUCCCUUUUUC